UGCCCACAAUCAGCCGGCCCAUAGUAAAAAGGCGCUCCCUCAGUCCUCCCCCCAUACAAUUUUCCUCUGCCUCUCCUCUCUCUUACCAGCGCAGAGUCUCCCAUACAAACCCGCACCCUCACGCAUCGCAACACACGCAAAGUCCCUGCAAACCACCUCUCAACACCACAUUUCCCCUCUUUCCAGAGUCGCAUUCAAGAGCCGCCAAUAUGCCUAAGGUCGCUGCUAAGAAGGGUGCCAAGACUGAGAAGCGCCGGGGCAAGAAGGACCCUCUCGCGCCCAAGCGCGGUCUCUCUGCCUACAUGUUCUUCGCCAACGAGCAGCGUGAGAACGUCCGUGAGGAAAACCCCGGCGUGUCAUUUGGCCAAGUCGGCAAGAUCCUGGGUGAGCGCUGGAAGGCUCUUAGCGACAAGCAGCGCGCUCCCUACGACGCCAAGGCCGCUGCCGACAAGAAGCGGUACGAGGACGAGAAGGCCGCCUAUAAUGCCGGCGGCGACGAGGAUGAGUCGUCUUAGAACACUCUUCCUUUCUCGCUGAUUUGUCCUUCGCGAACAAAUAUUAGGCCUAAACGACGAGACUUUAAAUCUCGACCGCUUGAGCCCUUGUGGCUUCGUGGUCAUCCCGAUGUGAGGACCUGGACAGGUCCUCCGCCGGGCUCAUUUUCUUGCUUGCGUCUUUGGGUCGGGACGGUGUUGCACGCGUGAAGGCACGGAAUGGGUUUUUGCUUUGACAUUGUCGUUUCUCAUCUUCGAUUUUCUUUUUGACGAAUUCCCCAACACCCAUACACGACACCUCCCCAAUCCCACUCGCCUGGGACCUCUAGGAUGGGUUUGGAGUGCACCACCCAGCACUCCACCACCCUUUACUUCAUCGACUUUGACGACUUUAUUCGCUCCCUCCCCUAAGAUACCCAUUCCCAAACCUAAGCUGGGUGCUUGGGGCGCGUCAUGAGCAUCGAUGAGAAACUUGUAUCACUAGCAUUAGGGGAAGGAUAGCUUUCUUUUCUGAAAUGAAAAAGAGCCGUUUUCGAACCGUCAAACCAGAACGAACAGAACAUCGCCAUGA